AUGGAUGCAUGGGCUCGUAAUGCAAGUUCGUCGACAAAAGAAUUAUAUGCCGAUGUCGUAUUGCAAUUUCGGAAAAUAUGUGAAAAAUAUUCCGAUUUAUUGAAAUACAUUAAAAGCACCAUUCUUGACAAAGUGAAGGAGAAAUUUGUUUGUGCGUGGACUGAUAAGGUCCGACACCUUGGGAAUACAACCACCAAUAGAGUUGAGUCGGCACAUGCUACUUUGAAAAAUUGGUUGUGUGAUAGCAAGGGUGAUUUGUGUAAAGCAUGGGACACCAUAAAUCACAUGAUUUCGAACCAACACAACGAAAUACAAACUUCGUUCGGUCGGAGCAUUACGGUUUUGGAGCAUCGAUUUAAGAACAACAUCCUUUAUUCUCAAUUGAUCGGCAAUGUGUCUCGGGCCGGAUUGAAUUAUAUCUUUCACGAGGCGAAUCGAGGUGAAACAAUUGGUGGAGAUACCGCAAAGUGUGGUUGCACUAUUACUAUCACGUAUGGUCUCCCGUGUGCUUGUGCUAUUGCUAAAAAAGUGAGAUUAGGUGAGCCAAUAACAAUGAAUGAAAUCACUCCUCAUUGGAAGAGACUUAGUUUUGAUGAUGAUGGUUGUGUCGAAGAAGAUUUGAAUAUCUCUAUUAUUUCCGAAUUGGAGGCGAUACAAGAGAGGUUUUCGAAGGUCGAUGACAACAUGAAAUUAUACAUCAAAGAAUAA